CUCUAGAAAUCUCCAUACCUGGAUUCUGGGAAUUCGUUCGUACAGACUUCUGGGAAAUGUAGUCUUUGGGACUGUGACAUCACAGGAAGCCAUCCAGGAAAUCCCUGUCCGGCUUUUCGUCUACACACGAAAUGCUGUCCUUCUCGGAUGUGGCCAUUGAGUUCUCUGCAGAAGAGAGGGAAUGCCUGGAGCCUGCUCAGUGGAAUUUGUACAAGGAUGUGAUGUUGGAGAAUUACAGCAACCUUGAUUUCCUGGGUCUUGCUGUCUCUAAGCCACACCUGGUGACAUUUCUGGAGCAAACACAAGGGCCUGGGGAUCUGAAGAGACAAGCAACAGACAGUGUGCACCCAGGAACAACACCAAAUGACUGUAAGAAUUUUAGCAUGGCCAUUGACUGUAACUCACUCCUUAUUCAACGCCAGAGAAUCCAUACAGGGGAGAAACCCUACAAGUGUGAAAUAUGUGGAAAGGCCCUUAGUUCUCAAAAAACCCUAUCUAUACACCAGAGACUCCAUACUGGAGACAAACCCUAUAUGUGUAAAGAAUGUCAUAAGGUGUUUAGUACUCGCUCAUCACUUUCUAUACACCAGAAAAAUCAUACUGAAGAAAAAACGUACAAGUGUGAAGAAUGUGGCAAAUUAUUUUACUAUCCUUCAAUGCUGAAGCAUCAUCAAAGAAUUCAUUCUGGAGACAAACCCUACAAGUGUGAAGGAUGUGGCAGAGCUUUUUAUUAUCCUUCAUUCCUGAAGCGACAUCAAAGAGCUCAUUGUGGACAGGAACCAUACAAGUGUCAAGAAUGUGGGCAAACAUUUUCCUGUGCUUUAAUCCUUAAUAAACAUAAACGAAUUCAUAUUGAUGAGAAACCCCACAAGUGUGAUCUUUGUGGAAAAGGAUUUACUAAGCCUUCUGUGCUUUCUGAGCACAAAAUAUGUCAUACUGGAGAGAAACCCUACAAGUGUAAAGAGUGUUACAAAUGUUUUUCCUCUUCUUCAACCCUUAGAAAUCAUCAAAGAAUUCACUCUGAAGACAAUCACUACACAUGUAGGGAAUGUGGCAGAGCCUUUUACACUCUUUAUGCCCUUACUCAGCACAAGUUUGUUCAUUCUGGAGAGAAACCCUACAAGUGUAUAGAGUGUGGGAAAGCUUUUUAUGAUCCUUCAUACCUGAAGAAACAUCAAAGAGUUCACUGUGGGCAGAAACCAUACAAGUGUGAAGAAUGUGGGAAAACAUUUUUCUCUGCUUUAAUCCUUAACAAACAUAAACGAAUUCAUUCUGGCGAGAAACCCUACAAGUGUGAUCUGUGUGGAAAAGGAUUUGCUAAGCCUUCUUUCCUUUUUGACCACAAAAUAUCUCAUACUGGAGAGAAACCCUACAAGUGUGAAGAGUGUGACAGAUGUUUUUCCUCUUCCUCAACCCUAAGAAGACAUCAAAGAAUUCAUUCUGAAGACAAUCCCUACAAGUGUGAGGAAUGUGGCAGAGCCUUUUACACGCUUUAUACCCUUACUCAGCACAAGUUCAUUCAUUCUGGAGAGAAACCAUACAAGUGUGAAGAAUGUGGGAAAGCUUUUUCUUAUAAUUCUAUCCUGAUCCAGCACAAAUUAAGUCAUACUGCAGUGAAAUCUUAUCAGUGUGAAGAAUGUGGGAAAAUGUUUUACCCUACUUCAAAACUAAAGAAACAUAGAAAAAUUCAUUAUAAAGAGAAACUGUACAAAUGAAAAAAACAUUUUCUGUGGAAAUGCCUUUUCUAGUAAUUCUUCCCUGGUUCAGCACAAAAUAGUUCAUACUAGAGAAAUGCCCCAAGUGUGAAGAAUGUGGCAAAAUGUUUUCCAGUACCUCAAAAUUGAAGAGACACAAAGGAACUCAUUGUCAAGAGAAACCUUUCAAAUGUGAAGUAUGUGGUAAGGACUUUUGUACUUGCCCAGAACUUUCUGUACAUAAGAGAUCUGAUGCCAAUAAGAUACCACACAAGUGUAAAGAAUGUGGAACCUCACACUUCACAAAUUACAUCAUAUCAGGGAGAAAUCUUAUAAAUGUGAAGAAUGUGGCCAAAUGCUUUAGUCUACUUUGGGCCUUAAAAAAACACUAGUAAAUUCAUACUGGAGAAAAACCAUACAAGUAUGAAGAAUGUCACAAAGCCUUUAGUACACAUACAACCCUCAAGAGACACAAGACAGUUCAUACUGGAAAGAAACCCUGCAAGUGUGAACUGUGUGGAAAAGGAUUUAUUAAGCCUUCUGUACUCACUGAGCACAAGAUAGCUCAAACUGGAGAGAAACCCUACAAGUGUGAGGUGUGUGGCAAACGUUUUGCCUUUUCUUCAGACUUUAAAGCACAUCAGAGAAUUCAUUCUUAAGACAGUUGCUACAAGUGUGGGGAAUGUGGCAGAGACUUUACCAAACUUUGUGUAUUUACUCAACACAAAUUUGUUCAUACUGGAGAGACACCUUACAGGUGUGAAGAGUGUGGCAAAGGCUUUGUGUGUGUAUGUGUGUGUGUGUGU